CAGCCGCACAAACUGAGGUCUCUCGCCCAGUCGCCGCACAUUUAGGGCGCUCUGCCGUCAGCUCCCGAGUCGAGAGUGCGCCCGUCUGCAUGUGACGCUUCGAGUCGUCGGCGAGUGGGACGUGGACGCGCGGCGCACGCGGGGUCGGUGGAUCCCGGAAAUAAGACGCGUACUCUCAGUUUGUCACGUACGCUCGCCGUGGAUUUCCAUGCGCGUGAGCUGGAGGCGAGAAGCGGACUGUGGACCCGUCCUAUGCCUUAUCUCCGCCGGACCGAUGGCAUUGCUUUAGAAAUGACGCCGUCAUGACGUGCUUGAGGGACUGUCUGGUGAAAUGAGGGGAACAAAGGCGAGAGAGUCCGGAGCGAGUGAUGAAAGUUGCAGCAGAGAUCUCCUCACAAACCAGCCACUCGCCUAAAGAUGAAGCGAGGACGUGAGCUACGUGCGCAUCCAGCCGAGGACGAGAUGCCAUGGAGAGUUUGGGCCACGCUGACUCUCUGAGCCCGAGAUCUUCCCUCACAUCACCGGAGAUUCAUCACCACACAUACCAGGCAACUAUGGGACUGAACGGAUUCUGCGCACCGACUGUUCGCAGUCAAAUUCCUGCGGACUUCCUGGCUGCUCUGGCCUCAAAGACUGACCCCCCUGGGGCCAUAACCCUCACCACAGAGUCGAAAACCGGGCUCCCUCCGCCAAACACCAGGGUUGUUUCUCCGUCGGCCACGGUAGAGGGAAGCCAAGCAGGUGCGCUGGCUCAAACUCCAAAUGGCUACCCUGCCCAAAUAAGGAGUUUGGGGGACCCUCUGUACCCCCUUAGCAAGAGUUCAUGUCUACUAGGCAACGAGGACUGGGCCGUGCUCCAGAACUGUGCGCUAGCAAGAAGGAUCAACAAUGACUUGAAGGCUAGACAGCAACAGAAGCGCCGGGCUGUCGAGAACCAGGACUUUGGGUCAGUAGCCAAUAAUGGCACGGCGGACUUCGACACGAAGCGACGACGACUACUGGAUGGAAGCUCGUCCCACAAAUCAUCAGAAUCAUCCAGAGUGGCCCCAGUUCCCAUUAACUGUGGCAUCAGUUUCCAUAGCAACCAAGUUGAUCCUGAUCUGGGAAACUGUGUCGCCCCGUACUCGCCUCCCUUCAGUCCUUCCCGCCAUGUUCGCCAGCACAAAGGGCAGCAUGUGGUGACACCCAGUCAGACCUCCCCUGUGGAAGCCGAUGAGCUCCCGACCCCGACGCCUUCCGAGGAGUGGUCGGCCGAGCGCAUCGCCAUGCAGCACAUCGUCCCCUGCAUCAAGUGCUUCGGCAUGUGCAUGAAGGACAACUUUCUGGGACCGUCUUUAGGGGACAAGGUCUUGGAGGAGGUGGAGAUCCUGAACAGCAGCGGCAUGUUUCGCGGCGGGCAGCUGGUGAGCCAGAGGAACAUUCCCUCCGGGAACAUCCGUGGAGACCAGAUCGCCUGGGUGGAGGGUCGGGAGCCGGGGUGUGAAAACAUUGGUUUGCUGAUGGAGCACAUUGACAAGGUGAUCAUGCACAGCGCCGCCAACGGACAGCUGGGGGGCUGCGUCAUCAACGGGCGAACCAAGGCCAUGGUCGCUUGUUACCCAGGAAACGGCGCCGGCUAUGUCCGCCAUGUCGACAACCCCAACGGUGACGGACGCUGCAUCACAUGCAUCUACUACCUGAACAAGAACUGGGAUGUGGAGAAACAGGGAGGGCUGCUGCAGAUCUUCCCUGAAGGCAAAAAUGUUGUCGCCAACAUUGAGCCGUUGUUUGACCGGCUGCUCAUCUUCUGGUCGGAUCGCAGAAACCCACAUGAAGUUAAACCUGCCUACGCCACUCGCUACGCCAUCACGGUCUGGUACUUUGAUGCCAAAGAGCGAGCAGAAGCGAAGGAGAAAUACAGACUGGCAACUGGACAGAAAGGCGUCCAAGUGCCCGUCACUCAGAACAGCAAGGCGUAAGCUGAAGAGAAUGGAUGAUCCGGUGCCUUCGCGGGACGUUGUGUCAGACCCGGUGAUGACGCAGUGGGAGGAGCACAGCUCGGUCAAGUCAGAGUCAGCUGCACAAAAAUGAAGAAGACUCAAACUCACAAUGUCUGGACUUCACUUUUCUUGGCCUGUUCAGGGCUGCGUCGUUUGAUCGCUGAUGUCAAAGGGUUAUGAGAGGCACAACGAGUAGAUUUAACAAUUUCUUAAUGUGCGUACCUUGCAUUAUAUUUCAGGUGGUUUGACGUCUAAAACCGAAUGUGUUUUAAAUGACCUUAUCUACAUGUGAACCACCAAAACGGAGAAGUAUUAAUUGCACACUCAACUUGGUCUUUAAUUCCCGAGACAGAGACAUGUUUACACGUGCAGGUUUUGUAACCAACGCUCACCUUUAAGGUGAAAUCUAGCCGGCGAGUUUGUGAAUGAAAACAGAGCGAGAGUGGUUCAACAUUGCGGUUGUAGUUGAUUUGAAAUCCUGUGUAUUCACUAUACCAGCUUUGGGAUCCUAAAAAAGUGAUGUCAUCGAACCCCCGAUUUAUUGCACAUCUUUGUAUUUAGAAUCCAGGAUACUAGAAGUGUUUUGGCUCUGCUUAGGUGACAAUAUAAGGAGCAUGGGUGUUUCUACUUUGAGCAAGAUGAAGAGAAAAAUCAGGAUUUCACAAGAGAAUCAGUGCUGACGGAGCUCUUCUCUUCAGUUGUGUGUAUACCGUUAUAUAUAAAUACAUAUAUAAUGCUGAUUCUGCUUGACAUUUUCCUGAAGUGAAUAUACAUCGUUGGGCGCAAACAUAGAGAAGCAUAUGAUUAAAAAAAAUAACCAGAAGCGCCGCUUGUAAAGCUACAACCUUACAACAAAUAAUGUGUACAAAAUGAGGAGUUAACACUGUGUGAGCUGCGGGUUCAAGCUGCUUUUAAAGACUGUGUGUGUGUGUGUCCUUGCACAUAUGUGGUGACAACCACUGUCUUGAAGUUGCUUACAGGUGUGUGUGUGUGUGUGUGUGUGUGUGUGUGUGUGUGUGUGUGUGUGUGUGUGUGUGUGUGUGUGUGUGUGUGUGUGUGUGUGUGUGUGUGUGUGUGUGUGUGUGUGUGUGUGUGUGUGUGUGUGUGUGUGUGUGUGUGUGUGUGUGUGUGUGUGUGUGUGUGUGUGUGUGUGUGUGUGUCGGGCUGCAGAGAAGGUAUUUGCGUUUCUAAUUGCACUUUAUUGUUUUGAGUCUGGAGAGGGUGUAACAGUGAAACGAUUGCUGUGGAUACUCUGAUUAUUCAAAUGCAAUAGAUACUAAAACCAGUGUGAACAAAUCUUGAUUGUUUUGCUAAUUUGUUUUUUUGAUUUAUUUAAUUAAAACCUGUC